GACAGAGAUGGUGCAGCCUAUCUUCUGGAAGUGCUGGAGCAGCGGCUUGGACGGACCCCGGUCCCAGAUUUGGGAAUACGUCUGGAGCAGCUGUUUAUGAGAACCAGAAGAUCACCGGGACAGAGUAUGUCCCAGUGGUCAGCAGAACUCAGAGAAGCUUACCGCAACCUGCAGCGGGCAAUGGCAAGAGCGCGGGUAGGAAGCCCGACGAAGGCGGGCUCCCCCAAGGCUGGAGGGUCUGGCUCCCCAGCAAAGCUGAGUUCCACGGCGCUGCGGAGGAGAUCAUGGACCACGGCUGAACCCGAGCCGGGCUUCGGCUUGGAUGAUGACGACAGAGAAGAAGGAGAAGAAGACGCCGGUGAGCAUCCUGAUCAUGAACUUCCUGUGGCAGAUGAAAGGCGUACCGGAGCUCACUCCCGAGUACCUGGUGAGGCUUCUGCCGAGGAGAUUCGCGCCUGGGCGGCAGAAGAAUGGGAAGCCUGGUAUUCCGGAUGGAACGGACGUCGACGAGGGCGCUGGGAAAGUGCCAGCGAAGGAGGUUCGUCCCGAGCUAAGACACCUCUGCCUGAGCCUCGAUGGGAACGCUUCGCUUUGGAGGAAGUGGAGGUGCUGCCACCAGAAAUCCUCGGAUGGUUGCUUCUAAGGAGGGCUAACUUGAGCAGUGCAUCACGCCUCGCCAUCCUUAGUGUGACGGGCAAUAAGCUUGAGUUUGACCUGGUGGAGAAGGCUCUACGGGAUCAAGAAGAAGACCUCCUUGCUUCAGAACGACAACGAGAUCCCCGUGCCGCAAGACACCGUAGAAGCUACUGGGUGGAAGAUCAGGGUGAAUGGGGUCUUCUGGCUGAGGACGCUUUUGAUGAAGCUCAUGAGGGAGGCGAUGCCUCCCUGGACAUCCACUGGGUUGGCAGCCGACUUCCUGCUGAGGUGUACCCCGUGGAUGAGAUAGACGAAGAGUGGACCACCUACGGCCAUGACGGUGCCGAGGUACACUGGGUCUGGUAUGACAACGAGUGGCAGACCCAGGACGCUGAAGGCACCUGGUGGACCUGGUCGGAUUCCAAGCCCUGGUUAGAAAUCGACGAAUGCAUGGCUGUGGACCCUCAGUCCGGGAAGGAGUUAGCAGAUACUUUCGCGACCUUCCAGGACAAGGUGAGGACCUUCCGCGAGAGCCGCAACCUCAUGAAGGCCGCCCAGACGUCACGAGGUUUCUUUCCGAUGAAGGGCAGCAAAGGCUCGAAGAAAGGACGUGCCAAAGGAAAAGGUUCUGGGCGCCCAAAAGGCAAGGGUGGCAGUGCGCUUGCCAUCCAAGGCGAUCGUGGGAGCUCCAGCUCCACCUCAGGACAGAGACCUGGACUGCCCGAGUACACAGGGUGUUUCAUCUGUGGGUCUAAGGAGCAUGACUUCAAGAGUUGCCCCAACCGCAAGCUCCCUGGAAAGUCCGGCGGUUCCGGGGGCAAGUCCUACUUCCUUGAAGGCGUCUCUCCCGACGACGCUCCCGAGGGCGAGUUUCGGGAUAACCACACACCCAUGGAAGAGCACAAUCUCGAGGUCCCUGUGUAUCAGCCGGCUGUCCCGCCUGACGAUGCGAGCGGCGGUUCCGAAGGACUAGAGCUUCAGGAUAACCACACACCCGUGGAAGAACACAAUCUCGAGGUCCCUGUUUUUGCGUUAGAUGCAGUGUACAUGGUGAGCCCAAUCGAUAGACCAGACGAUGAAGAGCAUUCUGUUCGCUCCUUAGAAGCUAUACAAGCAGUCAUGUGCAAAAGACGUGAGCUCUAUGGCGUGGAGACGGUGAGGAUCUGUCCAAAUCCUCAAAAGACUUUCCGCUUUGGAGAUGGCAAGCAGUUGUCAGCUAUGAGUUAUGUGGAAUUGCCUCAGAAACUUCAGCAGCGAGAGAUAUCUUUCAGUGUCUACUCGCUAGAUGUUCCGCGGGUCCCCAUCUUGAUGAGCAUCCGCACCCUCAAGAAGCUGGGGGCGAUCGUGAAUUUUGGUGAGAGGACCGUCUGUUUUCACAAGAUAGACAAAACCAUCUUCAUUCCCCUCACCGAGACCCGUUCAGGUCAUUUUUUGAUCGAUCUCACCAAGGACUGGCUAAAUGCAGCCGGGAACUGUGAGGGCCGCAAGGAUCGGCCGCCUUUUGCAUCGACUUCCUCCCAUCGUGGUGAGCAAUACAUGAGUGCUGAGAUUGAACGUUGUGAAGGGGAUCAGUGCUUGCCUUCUACAUGUUUUCCUGCACAUGACAUGUCAGACAAGACCGCAGUUCCAGUGUAUGAUCUCUCAUCCCCUGAGCUGGAUCGACCGGUUGAGGAGACGUUAGCGGAAGCUUCCUCGGACACCAUGGAGAAGAAGAAGGGCUACAAGGAGAAGGCCAAGAUCCCCGAGGAAGAGCGCUACGACUUCUCGAGGCAGGAGGGUCCGGAUCCGAGGGACGGACGCACAGCUGGAGCUCCAUGUUACGGGGAGCACCAGAUCAUGAAGCCAGGACGCGGGAGCCUCUCUGGGUCCAACGCUCACGGAUGGUGGAGAGUGUGCGAACGGUGCCGACUGAGGGUGGCCUAUGCACCAGCGUGGGGUGCUCACGGACACUUUCGCCAGGCAGGGCCCCUCAACGCAGAUGUGAAAAAGGUGGUGCUGGAGGUCACCGAGAAGGAGAAGGCUGGGGAGACGGUGGACCGCAACGUUCUCAAUGCCAAGAACGUGGCCUUGGACGGGGCGGAGAAGUCUCUCAUCGACAAGCUGAGCAAGGUCCGAGCCGAGAAGGAGAAGAGUCUGGCGAAGUCCAAGGGAGCUCAGGCGAAGUCGAAGGCCAACCCAACAACUCCUACGGAGGCACCUGCUACACCGUCCACACUGGACCUGACUCGCGACCAGGCGAUGAAUGUGACUCCGGGCCGGAAGAAGCAGCGCGAAAAUGCGAUCGCGGCGGAGGAGCACGAGUAUCAGUCCCGGGACGACAGCUGGUCGUCAGUGGAGCUGAUUCCCAAGGAGUGA